AAUAAGAAGAAGAAACUAAACACACAGUCGCAGAGAGAGAGAGAGAGAGAGUAUGUAGAGCGAGAGAAAUAGAUUAGAGAGAGAGACAGUGAGAGAGGUCGUUGUUCAUGGCGAGUGGGUGGGUCAAGUCUUUACAAUGCAAAUCAAGAGCAUUAGAUGACGUCGUCCAUCACCACCACCACCACCACCACCACCACUUCAUACCUGCCUCUGCAAGUUGCGGAAAAAGUGUCCAAUAUCUCAACGAUGUCAUUCAAACCACCAAACACAAGCCUAGGAACAAUCCCAAACCACCACCACCGGCGACACCACCCAGUUCAAAGAAACCUGAAUCCGGUUCAAACCGUAUUCGACCCAGCACGUCCACCCGCCAUUCACGUGCCCCGGACCCAUUAUUCCCGUCUCUCACCAAGCUCCCGGAGGGCCACCCUUCUCGCAACGUCGUCGAGAUAAUCUUCCACACCAGCUGGUCCCCCAAAUCCUUCUCGGGUCGGAUCGAGAUGGUCUUCAAGGUCCAGAACAAACCCAGAACCGUGACCCGAUUCGAGGAAUACAGAGAGACGGUGAAGUCCAGGGCUGCUUCCUCCGGCGGCGGCUGCGAAAGCCACAAUCGGUGUGUUGCGGAUGGGAAUGAGGUGAUGAGGUUCCACUGCCUGGGUCCCACCUCCGGAUCUCCGGGAUACGAGUGCGGCGGCGCGUGGGCUUUCCACGGCGCAAAGGCGGCGAUAUGUACGUUCUCCGGGAGCGGCGGAGCCCACGAGAGAGCCGGCGGCGGUUCGGGGCGGAGGGCCAUGUUGGUAUGCCGGGUCAUCGCAGGUCGGGUGUGUAAGCAGAGCGGGUUUAACUCGGUGUUGGAGGGCCGAGUGGGGUUUAAUUCAGUGAGUGGGGAGAAUGACGAGUUGCUAGUGUUUGAUUCACGUGCGGUAUUGCCUUGCUUUCUUAUCAUCUAUAAAUUGUAGAAAUUCAUUGACAAUAGUAGGAACCUUCUUGCAUUUAUCAUGUCCAAUUUUAUUUUAUUUUUUA